UUCCAAAUUCCCACCCGGGAAUAACAACUUUUUGAACAAAUGGGUUUUGUUCCAGCUAUCGUUGUCGGUAGCGACACUCCAAGAAAACAAAAGUCAGAGACUUCUGGUAUUAGUAAGAAAAGAGCCAUCAAUCGUAUCAAACAGGGUCCUAGACAAAAAGUGGGAGACGUUGAGGACCUGUUGACAUAUUUGUAUCAAAAGGACAAAAGAAACAAAUGGGUAACCGACGAGAAAGAGAUUUCUAGAUUUCAGCACACUCUUCUUGAGUGGUACAAGAAAAAUAGACGCCAGUUACCUUGGAGACAAACUCUUAUGGAAGGUCAGCCCAAUCCUUACCAUAUCUGGGUAUCGGAGACUAUGCUUCAACAGACAAGAGUCACAAAUGUGAUAGGAUACUAUAAAAAGUGGUUGCAAACCUUUCCAGAUAUUCCAUCCUUAGCUGCAAGCUCUCUCGAAAGAGUUAAUGAGAUCUGGGCUGGUUUGGGAUAUUAUCGAAGAGCAAAGUUACUGCAUGAAGGUGCACAGACUAUUAUGUCACGCUUUGAUGGAAAAGUUCCAGAAGAUAUCAAAGUACUUCAAAGCAUUCCUGGAAUAGGUCCAUAUACAUCUGCAGCUAUUGCAUCUAUUGCGUUUAAUAAGCCUUAUGCUGUCUGCGAUGGAAAUGUCUUUCGAGUUCUAUCUCGUCUGUUUUCUAUAGACUUGGAUAUCUCUUCAACUGACAAUCAAUCUCUUUUUAGAAGUUUAGCACAAUUUUUGAUGUUCAAAGAAAUGGCAGCCGAUUAUAAUCAAGCUAUGAUGGAAUUAGGAGCUACCGUCUGUACGCCUAAGAGUUUUGAUUGUAAUCAUUGUCCUGUUCAGCGGUGGUGCAACAGUUUCCAAAUUGCCAAUGAGCAUCAAGUACCUUUGAGUGACAUUGUUUGUCAGUUUCCAGUAAAGUCAAGUAGAGUUAAGCAGAACGAGGAGGAGCUACUGGUUUACUUGAUUAAGUUUGCAAAUCACUUUCUAAUGCUCAAAAAUAUUUCUAGAAACCUAUUGGGAAACUUGUGGCAUUUUCCUUAUGUAAUUUGGAAGCGUAAUGGAAAUACAAUGACAGAAGAGGAGAAAAUACAGCAUGAAUGUUGUUUGGUUGGAGUAUUGCAUUCUUGUGGUUAUCCACUGAACGAUACAAAUGGCUUGCCAAAGUUGCUUCAUGAGUCUGCCAUUCCAAUAGGGCAAGUGGAGCAUUUAUUUACACAUAUUAAGCAAAUCAUUCAUGUAAAGUUUGUUUGCGUGUCCUCGGAAACCAAAUUAGUUAUCGAAAGUAGCUCACGUAGAAUAGGAGGAGUUGGACCAAACGAUGAUUCUAUCGAGUACAGAUGGUUGACAGAAGAGCAGAUGGAAAAGAGUGCUAUUUCACGUCAAAUGAUGAAAGUCAUGGAACUGUAUCAAAAACAGAAGAAACAAAAAGUUAUUCAUUCGUUCUUCUGUUAAAUAUCUUUUAUAUGCUUUAUUCCACAAGUUUUCAGUCUGUGGGAUGUAUUGAAUCGCGAACUUAUUAUUUGGCCUUGAAGAUUUCGAGUUGUCGCCGUCAUUCUUAAAAUGUUUUCUUAGCAUUUCAGUAUUUUUCAACUUGAGAAUUUUUCUUAUGACUGCGAGACGAAUUGACCAGUCGUAUUUUGACCGGUAACAAACAAUAAGUCUACUUUGUAGUGUGUGUGAUCCUGCUGUUGCAAUAGUCGUCUUUUUUUUGCGACCAGUAGGCGAGUUGUUGGCUGCCCUCUAGUCUUCAGGACAGGGAAGACUAGGUAUCCUUUUACAAUAGUCUCUAUGUAAAAUACGGGGAUGUUAGAAAGCUUUCUUGCGAUUGAGGUGUUAACUUGCAAAAUCAAAUAUUCACUUUAAAGGGGUAUUGAUUGUUUCAAGGUUAGUACACUACUCCCGUCAAGCUGACUUGAAAGGAGGAAACAAACUAUUGGUACAUUAACUGUUUAUGGUACUUUUUGUAUCGAUAAACAUAUGAAUGAUAUC